AUGGAGCUUCAACUGUGGCUGCCACAGAAAGGUGUCUUUCCUUGCACGGUCGGAUUAGUGAUGAUGAUGUUCCGACUGUUUGUCGGAUUCGGAUUCACAUGCGUUCUCGUAUUUCUUCUGUUCGUCGAUGUUCAUGCGCAAAACUGUAGCGAUGCGUGCCUAGAGCAGACGGCCCGAUUCCGACUCGAAGACAUUAAGAGUCGUCUACUGGAAUCGAUGGGCAUGCGUGAACCACCGAAGAUCGACGCAGUCGAACUUCCUCCUUCAGCAAUCAAAGAGAUAAUUGAAGGAAUGAACGAAUUUGAUGAAAUACAAGAUGAAGAAGAUGCAGAGAAAACGUUUAUUAUGGCCGUACAUCCAUCCGGAGGACAUGACACUUUGAUCGCUCAAUUUCCCGUCUCAUUAACGACAAUGUUAAGAAAAGUGCUAAGCGCCUACUUACACAUUUCCCUUCAUGUAGAUGAACCGCUACCGGAGCCGGUACCAGUGACGAUUAUUGUACAAGAGAAACUUCUAAACGGAAAGCUCGGUGACGUGGUCGCAACAAAGAAUGUUGAGGUUCAACGAAGUGGUAACGUGGUGUUAGAGCUGAACAGUCGUGAUGUCGAGAGGACGGAACCUAUCCUGGGUCUCUACGUAAUCGGCAUGCUGAAUGGAAGAAAUAUCGUUAUGCAUCCACGAGAAAUCCGGAAUUCUCCUAAUACGAUGUUUAUGUCACUUACACUGUCCUCGGACUCACAGUCCCGACGAAAACGUAGUCCUUUAGUAUGCAAGCCUGAAGAUCACGAACCUGGCUGUUGUCUUUACGAUCUUACGGUAGACUUCCAACAAAUGGGUUGGAAGUUCAUUAUAGCUCCGCAUAAGUACAAUGCUUAUAUGUGCAAAGGCGAUUGCUCAGUCAGCCACGCUCAUGUAAGUCGAUCCGGACACACAAGAGUUGCCAAGACGGGAAUUAUCACUAGGCAGGAUGCGACAGGAAUCCAAACAAUGUGCUGCCAUCCUUCUGAAUACGACGCAGUACGAAUGAUCUAUAUGAACGGUGACAAUCAGGUGACGAUGGCUCGUGUACCAGGAAUGAUUGCUCGGAAAUGUUCAUGCUCCUGA